AUGGCUACCGAAUCCGACAUGUUUGAAGCUUUAUUGAAAGCCUCGGGCCGAAUCCGCGAGACAGACGAUUCACCAAACGUGGUGAGCGAGCUGGCAAAAUCCCUCCCUCACAAAUUCCAACUCGAGGAUCUUCUUCGCAAUGUCAUAGCACCGGACCACUCGGGCGACAUUCAAUUUCUGAGAGCACUGCUCGUGUGCUUGAAAAGUGACCAACUAGAGACUGGACUUGAGAAUGAUCAGCAAGUCUUUGACAAGAUUGCAAGUCAUGUCACAAAGAGCAUCGCACCGAUAGCUCCAGACUCUGACAGUAGUGAGCGAUACCAUUACUUGUCUUCUGUGAGAUGGCAACCCAUCGCCUCCAAGGGUGAGGUCGGACUAGCUAUCCUGGAAUCCCUACAAGGCACAUACAAGGCAAAGCUGGACCCCAAGGUCCUUGUGGCCACAACGGCAUUUACCAACCCGCAGGACCCAUGGACGACACAGGCCGCAGGAACAUUGGCGCAAACAAUCCUGGCCGCGGCCCUAGAUAGACCCGGCGCCAAAGAGACGCUCAUCACCUCGACCAUUCUGACGACCUUUCUGCGGCCUCUAUUCUCCCGGUCUCGCCCCGCCACCGUCACGGCGUCAGGUCGCAAGGCCGAGUUUGUCGAGCCGGCACGGUACGCUGGCGCCGCGCCCGAUGGCCCGACCGAGGCCGAGCUUAAACCGUGGAAGUAUGCCCACGCCUACGCCGUGACCGUGUUUGCAUGGGCCGUUGAACACGCGAAUCAGGACUUGCUAGCGGCGCACUGGCACCUCUUCACUCCCGUGCUGCUGACGCUGCUCGAUGAAGCUCGGACCGACGUCAAGGUGCGCGCCAUGCGCAUCUUCAGCGCCUUUUGGGCACGCUGCCCGCCCGGUCUCAUGGCCAGGGUCGGUCUGGCCAACGUCUUUGAGCAGGCCAUCUUUCCCGCCGUGCUCUUUCUGCCCACCCUGACCCCCGAGGACGAAUCGAUUCGGAUACUAAAUGUCGCGUAUCCUGCUCUGUUCCAAAUUGCCGGUUUGCCUUAUCCCGAAAACGUUAUCGGCGAGCCCGUGAAGCAGCCAGAGUUUACAGAAGCACAGAGGAAAAUGCUGGAUACAAUCAUUCGGCAAGGUCUACUGGUCGGGUAUCACCACGCAAACGAGCACAUUCGACUGACAGAGCUCUUCUGCAACAAAGCAACGUCUAUUGUCAAUGGCAUGGGUAUACUAUCUGUGAAGCAUCUCAAGAACUUGCUUCCCAUGGUGGCAGAAAUCAUGACGGAGCCCUUUGGCACCAAAUAUCCACCUGCUUUGCUUGCCGCUAAUCAACUGAUUCAGACCAUUAUGCGGUGCUGUUGGCCACGUAUUGGUUGUUACGGCACCGAGAUCAUCCGCAUCUUGACAACUUGUUACCUCCAUAUCGAGGAUGAGGAUUCAUUCCCCAGCGGCUCCCCUAGCAAAGAGGAUUUGAAAACUGCGCUGUCGAAGACAACUGGGAUUCUCGCAAAGAUCCUGGAAAAUGAAAUGGUUCUCCUCUCCGAGACCGUCUCUCCGCUGGUCGAGAAAGAGCCUCUGCUUGCGGAUCUUUUCACGUCUGCCAAGAUUCAUCCUAGUGCUGCUUAG